UUUCCCUGCCUACUUCUCUGCUUCCAUCUUCCCUUCUUAUUACCCCUUUCCCUCCAUAACAGAAAAUCUCUCUCCCCAAAAACCAAUAACAUAUUUACAAUAAAAAAAAGAAAAAAAAAUCUUUUUUAAUACAAACAAAUUCAAUUGAAACAAACACAUCAAUGGAAGAUGAUGGGAACUUGCCAAAUGUAAAUCCAUCCACCACAAUCUCCAGCCCUCCAUCAAACCCUAAUCCUAACAGCCAUCACCACCAUCACGGGCACCCCGACAACCACCACCACCCGAACAAGGAGCAGGACCGCUUUCUCCCCAUCGCCAAUGUCGGCAGGAUCAUGAAGAAGGCGAUCCCCGCCAACGGGAAGAUUUCCAAGGACGCCAAGGAGACUGUCCAGGAAUGCGUUUCCGAGUUCAUCAGCUUCGUCACCGGGGAGGCCUCCGACAAGUGCCUGAGAGAGAAGCGCAAGACCAUCAACGGCGACGACAUCAUAUGGGCCAUCACGACCCUCGGGUUUGAGGACUACGUCGCCCCUCUCAAGACCUACCUCGGAAAAUACCGGGAGAUCGAGGACGAAAAGGUCAACAACGUCCCUAAGCAGCAGCAGCAAAGGAUGGUGGACCAGAGGAUUCCGGGCCAGGGAGAGCUGAGCAGUGACCCUCACAGCUUGGGGGGCUACAGCGUCGGAGGCAUCUAUCCUCCGGCCCAUUUCUUGCCCCAUCACCACAACCAGGCCCCAUUCUUGGGUCCUGAUCAGGCCUUUGGCCUGCCCUUCCCUGCCGGAUCGAUCCCGACGCAGGACCAGAUCGAUUCCGGCGGGGGCCACUGGUGAGUGAGAGAACAAUCAACCGAUGAUGAGUCAAUCAGAUUAGUUGGUUCUCUACCCUUCCUUUCUUUUUCCUUCCCAUUCUUUCCUCCUUUGAUCUUUUAUAUUCUUUUUCUACCUUUCCCGGUUCGUCAUGUUAAUAAGGAUAUAGCAGCAUGUGAUAAACAUUCUUAUUUUUACAUACAUAUUAUUGACAUCGACAUUGUAUUCAUACACUUGGGGACAAUUUUGGCGGCACGAUGGUCUUAUUUUCUACGAGAAGUGUCUUUGCCUUCUC